AUGUCUCCUGCAGACAGUAACAUGUCUCCUGCAGACAGUAACAUGUCUCCUGCAGACAGCAACGUGUCUCCUGCAGACAGUAACAUAUCCCCUGCAGACAGUAACAUGUCUCCUGCAGACAGUAACAUAUCCCCUGCAGACAGUAACAUGUCUCCUGCAGACAGUAACAUGUUCCCUGCAGACAGCAACAUGUCUCCUGCAGACAGUAACAUGUCUCCUGCAGACAGCAACAUGUCUCCUGCUGACAGUAACAUAUCCCCUGCAGACAGUAACAUGUCUCCUGCAGACAGCAACAUGUCUCCUGCAGACAGUAACAUAUCCCCUGCAGACAGUAACAUGUUCCCUGCAGACAGCAACAUGUCUCCUGCAGACAGUAACAUGUCCCCUGCAGACAGCAGCAUAUCCCCUGCAGACAGCAACAUGUUCCCUGCAGACAGUAACAUGUUCCCUGCAGACAGCAACAUGUCUCCUGCAGACAGUAACAUGUCCCCUGCAGACAGCAACAUAUCCCCUGCAGACAGCAACAUGUUCCCUGCAGACAGCAACAUAUCCCCUGCAGACAGCAACAUGUUCCCUGCAGACAGCAACAUAUCCCCUGCAGACAGUAACAUGUCCCCUGCAGACAGCAACAUGUCUCCUGCAGACAGCAACAUGUCUCCUGCAGACAGCAACAUGUCUCCUGCAGACAGUAACAUGUCUCCUGCAGACAGCAACAUGUCCCCUGCAGACAGUAACAUGUCCCCUGCAGACAGCAGCAUAUCCCCUGCAGACAGUAACAUGUCCCCUGCAGACAGCAACAUGUCUCCUGCAGACAGUAACAUGUCUCCUGCAGACAGUAACAUGUCUCCUGCAGACAGCAACAUGUCUCCUGCAGACAGAAACAUGUCUCCUGCAGACAGUAACAUGUCUCCUGCAGACAGUAACAUGUCUCCUGCAGACAGCAACAUGUCUCCUGCAGACAGUAACAUGUCUCCUGCAGACAGUAACAUGUCCCCUGCAGACAGUAACAUGUCUCCUGCAGACAGUAACAUGUCUCCUGCAGACAGUAACAUGUCCCCUGCAGACAGCAACAUGUCUCCUGCAGACAGCAACAUGUCUCCUGCAGACAGUAACAUGUCUCCUGCAGACAGUAACAUGUCUCCUGCAGACAGCAACAUGUCUCCUGCAGACAGUAACAUGUCUCCUGCAGACAGUAACAUGUCCCCUGCAGACAGCAACAUGUCCCCUGCAGACAGCAACAUGUCUCCUGCAGACAGCAACAUAUCCCCUGCAGACAGCAACAUGUCUCCUGCAGACAGCAACAUGUCUCCUGCAGACAGCAACAUAUCCCCUGCAGACAGCAACAUGUCCCCUGCAGACAGCAACAUGUCCCCUGCAGACAGCAACAUAUCCCCUGCAGACAGCAACAUGUCCCCUGCAGACAGCAACAUGUCCCCUGCAGACAGCAACAUGUCCCCUGCAGACAGCAACAUGUCCCCUGCAGACAGCAACAUGUCCCCUGCAGACAGCAACAUGUCCCCUGCAGACAGCAACAUGUCCCCUGCAGACAGCAACAUAUCCGCUGCAGACAGCAACAUGUCCCCUGCAGACAGCAACAUAUCCCCUGCAGACAGCAACAUAUCCCCUGCAGACAGCAACAUAUCCCCUGCAGACAGCAACAUAUCCCCUGCAGACAGCAACAUAUCCCCUGCAGAGAGCAACAUAUCCCCUGCAGACAGCAACAUAUCCCCUGCAGACAGCAACAUAUCCCCUGCAGACAGCAACAUAUCCCCUGCAGAGAGCAACAUAUCCCCUGCAGACAGCAACAUAUCCCCUGCAGACAGCAACAUAUCCCCUGCAGACAGCAACAUAUCCCCUGCAGACAGCAACAUAUCCCCUGCAGACAACCUUCAACUCCUGCGAACUGAGCAUAUCAAGGCCCUCACACACAGCUCUCUCUAG